ACUCCGGCAGACGAGCGUGUGGACGCUCGAUGCAGGGUGCCGUGAAGUCGCGUCCGAUGCUUCCUUCUCCUAAGAUUGUCCCCCUGUGUGUUGCAAGACGAAUACCGUGAGCGCCGUGAGUGUGCCGGAGAGAAUGCCAGUGAUCAGCCCGGGCCCGGCUGAGGAACAGCUCAAGAUGUGCGCGGGCUGCGGUUCGCACAUUGUGGACAGGUUCUAUCUGCUGGCGGUGGAACGGCAGUGGCAUACCAAGUGUCUCCGAUGCUGUCACUGCAAGCAGCAGCUGGACUCUGAACUGACUUGCUUCGCGAGAGACGGCAAUAUUUACUGCAAGGAGGACUAUUACAGACUGUUUGCAGUGAAGCGAUGUGCCCGUUGCCAGCAAGGUAUCUUCGCAUCGGAGUUGGUGAUGCGGGCCCGCGAUCUUGUCUACCACUUGCACUGCUUCACAUGCGCCUGGUGCAACGCUGCUCUGGCCCAAGGAGAUCAUUUCGGUCUCAGGGAGAAUCUGGUGUACUGCCGGACGCACUUUGAGCUUCUGGCCGAAGGCCCUCUAGCACCGCUAGGGCCAGAAGACGAUAACGGGCCAGGUGGCCUUGAAGGUGGCAUCCCGCCACCACCAGCCGCCUAUGUGGCACCUCCUGGAUCGUACGGCGUUCGAAAGGGUCGGCCGAGGAAAAGGAAGCCCGGGGAGAUGCCCGACGGUCCCCAGCAUAUGGGACUGCCGGAUCUAACAUCACUGAACGCGAACGGACCUCCGUCAGCAUUGCAGCAGCAACAGCAGCGAACGAAGCGCAUGCGCACUUCGUUCAAGCACCAUCAGCUGCGGACGAUGAAGUCCUACUUUGCUAUCAACCAAAACCCGGACGCCAAAGACCUCAAGCAGCUUGCGCAAAAGACCGGACUCUCCAAGAGGGUGCUUCAGGUGUGGUUCCAGAACGCACGUGCCAAGUGGCGGCGCAAUAAUCUCCGGCAGCAGGACCAGCCGGCGCCGUCGCUGCCGGCCAGCAGUCCCGGCGGCACCAGCUCCUUCUCCGAGCCAAGCCCGGGGACGGUUGUGCCUCUAGACUACAGCGCGGCUCCACCGCAAACCACGCUUCCAGUCAUCGAUUCCCUCUCGUCUUUCCAAGAGCAACUCUUCUGACGCUGACGUUCGCCAGCCGUUCCUCUAUUUAUUGCAUUUUGUACAUACUCUUCAAGGUAACCGACGGUUUUCAUCACUCGUGCUGUGUGUCGUGUCCUCGUCCUGCGUCGGGUACCAACUCUCUCAUUCAAACUGUCCAACUGUGUGGCUCGAAGCGCGUUCUUCGUACCAGGACGUUCCUCGUGGACUAGAACCUAGAUCUGUGCCGGAUCGGUAUGAUCUAAUGAUCGAAAACUGUCACCAUAUCUUGCUUGAGGAUUGCGUUCUUUAUGGGUUUAUUGGCCGUGGGGGGAGUCAUCGGUGGAAAGAGGAAGCAAUGGCUUGGAUUCCUUCCCUUCCAGCGCCUCACACUAAGGGUUUCUGUGCUAAUACAGUCACCAACAAUGUAGUACUGCAGGUUGUGAACAGUGGUUGAAGAUCAAAGUCAGCCACUGGAUGUCAUGCGUGAUCUGCAUGCUUCGUGGGUUCAAAAGCUCCGGGGAAGGGUCGAAAGGAACGAUGACUUGGUCAAACUCUAGAUACCAUCGUGCUAUAGGGUCUUUUCUCUAAGUAACACUUUAUCAACAAACGUACGGUUGUGAAACAAUGUUUUUCUCGAACCAUCGAGAAUUUUUCAAAAAAAAAAAAAAAGAAA